GAGCGCACCACUUGGGAACUAAGCCGCCGGGGUCAGGGUUCUCCGCCCUGGCCCCGACUAGGAUUGCGCCUGGGCUGGGGAUCCGGAAAUAGUCAUGGUGUCUACAUAGUAGUCAUGGUGUCCGUGGUUUGUGGUCCCUGUCUGGUCUGCCAGUCUGCCAGUGCCUUGUUUAUUCCCCGUGUCAUGUCUCUGUUUCUCUUUUAAAUUUUGAGCCUGGCCAUUUCUCUGCGCACAUUCUCCUCGUCAACUUCGUUUCUGGUCUAAGCCUUACCUUAACCCGUCGUCGAUCUAUCUCAAUUUUCUUCUGCGGCUGGAAAAGUGCAGGUCACCGCCUCGUCUUUUUCUUCUCCCUUUUCGACAUUCCAGACUUGACGUCUGUUUUCUUCAUAGGUUCCUUCGACUGCUCAAUUCACUCUUUAUUCUUCAUCAUCUUCGAUUUUGUUCUUUUCUUUCCGAGCUAGACUCGAAUUACCUUCUACCAGCCAAGAUGCUUUCUACGACUCUUCUUCAGUCCCUUGUCCUGCUCGUCGCCGGCGCGAGUCUCUCGGCGGCAAGCCCCGUUUGGCCGCACUACUCGAUCGAUGGCGAGCACCUCGAAGUCCUUCACAUGAGAGCCUCGACGUCAGUGAAUCCCGCGGCAGUGUCGGGUGUGGAGUGUAUUGACCGAAAUAAGAACAUUGUGUUCCACGAUCAAAAUGUAGCAGAACUUGCUAUCUGUGGAGGCAUCGCAGGGUCUAUCCAGAAGUGCGGCGGCGCACCUGAGACCACGACUGGUCGAUCCGGCAGCGCCGAGUUCACGCUGAGCGCAGCGACAUCCGGUGCUACGAUCAACAUCUCCAAGGGCCGAUGGGAGCAAUGUGUUCGCGCAGCCAGGGCCGUCUGCCCAACAGGCAGCAUGAAGGGCACGUGCGCGGGCGGUGCAUCAAGCGGCAACGUGGACUUCACGCUCGACUCGCCGUUGUAAAGGAGUGGACUAGCCAAUUAGUUUGCAAUGUACAAAAGUCUCGGAAUCACUCGCAUUAUGAAGGACACGGAGGGGGACUUAAAAAAAAUAAAGAGCUAUGCUUUUCUUUUGUAGAGAUCUGGCGGGAGGCGUACGUGUAUAGGGUCUCAG